AUGGAAAAAAAUAAAGAAGUGUUACAAGAUAAUUCAUAUGGUCCUUUUAGCGUUUCAUCCACUUCUCCUACAAGAUUUGAACGAUCUUUAGAAAUGGAAGAGCGCGGCAGAUAUUUCCCUCGACAGUUGGCCACUGGUUUAGGAAUGGCAAAAAUUCUAAUGUCCAUUUUACUAUUUAUCUUUGGUUCUAUCGCAAUCGUUGUAGAAGCAUCGCUAUCUUUACUGGGAGGAGGCAUGUGGAGUGGCAUGGUAGUGCUGGUGACCGGAAUUUUUGCUAUCAUCGCAGCCAAACGACCUUCUAGUUCGGUACACGUCGUAUCUUUUCUCUGUUUGUCCAUAUUGAGUAUGGCUGCUACCGGUAUGGUAAUCGUUUUUUCUGCCACUGGACUAGUGAAUGACUUAAAUAGUCCCAGCAGUUAUUUUGUGGAUAAUGAAGGUAACAAACUAUCUACUUUCGGUGAAGUAAAUCUAAAAGGUCCUGCAGUUAUUUUAAACGGAAUCUUAGUGGUGGUAGCCACAUUAGAUUGUCUUUUUUCCGUCGCUUGCUGCGUAAUAUCUGUUAGAGAGGCAUGUAGAUGUAUCUCUCUAUAUCAAGAUUCCGCGUGUGAAGAACAAGAUUCUCAAGCUCGAAAAGAAAGACUUAUCAACUGGUUAGGGCAACAAGCACUAAUGGAGUCUAAUACUGUUUCUUCGGCUAAUUUUAACUGCAAAAACAAAAUUCCGUGGCAUCUGAGUACAAAAUACGAUAAUAAUCACACAUUAUUGGGACGAAGUCAAUCGUCGUCAUCUACUGGUUCUGUACCCUCUCGCCUGGCAGCGUAUGAGGUACAAACUAAAUCACCUACGCCUUCCAAUUAGAAAAAUUAUUAUUCAAAGUCUAUACCACCAUUUUAUAUGCAAGAGAUCAAAUUGAUGACAAUUUGGAUCCCGAUGGCGAUUGUUCCGAUUCGAAUUCCUAUCUGUUUUGUCUGGUUGAGCCAGAUUAGUUUGGCCUUAAUGCCUAAUAUUAUCAUAUAUCAAAUGAUUUAUCUCAACAUCAGUAGUU